AUGAAGCCGCUCUUCACUGCCGUGAUUGCAGGGGUCAACUACCUCCUUCAUCCUGAGAUUUUGGGAAUGAUUCAAGAGGACAUCAACCCAGAUGCUGUCCUCCCUGUCACCCUCAUCAGCACCGAGGAGCUCAACAGCCCCAACCUAGAUGAUUUCCUCAAGGGCCUCGAACUUUUUGACGACGUCUACUCCAGCGAAUUUGCCUUUGCCCUGGUAGAAAAGCCCGGCGCCAAUGAGACGGCGAAACGCGCUGUUGGAACCAAACGGGCCUCUGUACCUGGCAAGCAGACCUACACCGUGCAGGUCACCGAGAGUCAGCCGGACGGCGCGAGCGCGAAAUCAUCGCCCUUCUCAAAUCUGCCCACGGGACCGUACAUCCUGCACGGCAAGGAACUCCACCAGGCGUACAGGAUCUACGAGGAUGAAUUGGGUGCUUUUUCGGCCGGCAUCGUGUCCGAGAAGCACGACAACUUUGACCAAUAUGUUGAUCUCGGCGAUGCGCUCACAAACGGAACUCUGCGACCGAUUCCUGUGCCAUCGCGGCUGUACUUUCCCGGCCCGUCCAUCAAGAAGCCGCUCUCCGGCCUGCGCUACGCCAUCCCGGAGGACUUUGACGUGGCCGGCCUGCCGACGACCCUGUCCAGCCAAAAUUGGACGGCUCUCCACCCCGACGCGGCGUCGAAACACGCAGAGUACGUGCAGCUGCUGCUAAACCAGGGCGCGAUCAUUGUGGGCAAGACAAAGGACGGGCAGUUUGCCGCCGGCACCGCGUGGGUGGACGCGACGGCGCCCGUCAACCCGCGUGGCGACGGCAAGCAGCCGCCUGGAGGCGCGGCGGCCGGUGCGGGCUCUGCCCUUAGCAGCUACACCUGGCUGGCAAAUACCAUUAGUCAAGGAGCAAUUGAUGGGACAAUCCCGCAGGGCGCAGCAUACGGUCUCUUCACAAUGCGCGCCACCGCUGGAACAGCCUCUCAAAAGGGAGUCCGCGCGAGUUCCCCGAAGUUCCAAUCCACUGGGCUUUCCGGCCGCAGCCUCGAAGACCUCGUGCACCUCGUCGCCCCUUCAUUCAAGCUCUCGUGGAAAGCAACCGCCAAGCCCAAGCGCAUCGUGUAUCCCAGCGACUUUGCCUCUCUUCUCUCGGAGAAGCAAGAGGCCCUUAUGGAAGAAUUUGUCGUGGCUUGGGAAAAGGCACUCGGCAUCAAGGCGGACAGGAUGAGCUUAGCUGAUGCCUGGGCCAAGAACCCCCCACAGGACGCCGGCAAGCAGGCACUGGACGAAUAUCUUGGCAAUGCUACGUAUAAUGCGUUUUGCUACGACUUUUACCACAACUAUGACGAGUUCCGAUCGGCCUUCAAGUCCAAGUUUGGCAAAGAGCCCUACACGGAGCCGAACGUCGCACAGCAAUGGGCUAUCGGUGCGAAAGCAGAUGGCAAGGCAGCGGUCAAGAAGCUCGAUGUCUUUACUGCGUGGUUCAGUAAGAAUAUUGCGCCCACAGCAGCAGACGCUUCCGACAAGGCUGUCGUCAUUGUCCCUGUCCUUCGUCCAGACUCCAUGAAAACCGGCUCAAGCAAGAGUCUGCGUCCAGAGAUUCUAGCGCCCAUUCUGGGUGCCCCGCAGCUGUCCGCACCGUUCGCGCAAAUUGCAAUGGAGAGUGAUGGAAGCACCUAUUCGCCCUUUUCCGCUGCCGUCAUUGGCGCCAAGGGCGACGACCUCAUGCUCGUUCAGACCAUGAAGAGCGCUUUCGACAUGGUCGACUGGCGCGUCCACGUCGAUACGGGACGCCUGACGUACCCCGUGGGCAAUAACUCUCGUAGUGUAGACGACCGCCACCGCGAUCCGUUUCCUCCGCCCGUUCCCGGCGGUGUCUCGUUUGCGGUGGAGGAUGGAGCGGAGCUGUAG